AUUGGUCGUCCUCCCGGAGGAUGGAAUAUGGACGGACCUUGAACAUGCGUAUCAAACGGCAAUGCUGGAAGGGGAGGACGUGUUUCUUUGGAUAGAGAUAGUAUGGACUAAUGUCAGCUUGACAAGGUUGUCUCCAAGCUGAAUGGAUUUGGAAUUCCGAGGGACAGUGGAGGCCCGGGGAUGGGUCUACUUGUCACAAGAUGGGGAGAAUGCUAUGGUCAUAGAGUUGGCACUCGGGAAUACGCCGGACGAACUGUUUAGGAAGGCAGAAGCUGAGGUUGUGUGGGCUGCGUGUCAGCGGAGGGAAAUGAAAAUGGAAAGGAUAGACAUGCGGGUGGAACUUGGGGAUAGAGGGAGCAUGAGGCGACCCGUCAGAACCAUGCGAUGUGUGUUGCCUCCCUUCCUGGUGGAGGCAGUUUUCGAAACCUGGAGCCGGCUAGUACGGAUAUGCCAGUCCAUAACGAACCUCGGACUAUACCAAUGCGCUAGGCAAGACUUCUUUCGGUUGUCAGUGGAAAUGGGGCCGUUUGAGGGGAACUGGGCGGACGAGCUGACCGAGAUACUAAACUGCCUUAGCAUAGACAAUGUCUUUGUCUCUAGCUCCGUGAAUUGGGAGAUAGUUUAUAGAAAUGUAGCAAUAGGGGAGACAUUUCUGGAAGGGGUGAGAGAGUUGUUCUACGACGAAGAGGAUGACUUCAAACUAGGCAAAAUGGCAACGGAGGAUGAGACGGAUAACCGUAAGAGUGAAGGAGGACCAGGCUUAGGAGGCAGUGCCGUGCAUAGCACAGAAGGGCAGAAAGACAGAGAAUCGAUAAAUCCGGAUGGUACCAAAGGCAACCGGAAGGAAAUCUCCUUAGGGGAAAGCUCGGGGAAAGUCGGGGGAAGCAGGCAAGGGACUCAGGAAACCAAGGAGGGCAGAAAUAAGGAUAGGACAAGCCCCUGGAACUCAGAGGGAGCUGUGUUAAAGAAAACCGAAGAAGAAAAGAUGGACCACCUAGGACAACAUGUGUCACUGAGCCUAGGGCGGGACAUAAUGGGCAUUGUGGCCGCGAGGCGGUCUUGGAAAGAAACCCGGGAUGUGAUGAUGAGAAAAUAUCUGGCAGCAGAGAAGAUGGCGACGGAGACCGAUUUAGCGGCAGUCCAGAGGAAAAACUUCGCAACGUACAAUGACUUCCUACGGGAGUUAACUUUGGUAGCACUAAGGAUCCUCGGGGUUAUGGACCGGAUAAUGAGUAAGUACUUCCUCAGGCAGUUCUCCGAGUUCGACAAGGACAAGAUCCUGUCGGCUUACCAACAGACGAGCAAAUUCGUAAACACUAGGGACGUUGAUUUCAGUACGGUAACGGAUCUAGCCGAGAAGACGAUAGUGACUGAGACAUUGGCCUUGCUUAAGGAAGGGGAGGUUAUAGAUCUGACCGGUAAGAUAGGCGACAAGGUAAAGAAGGGGACUGAAAGUCUGCAUGAACGGGUGCACGGAGUCGACAACAAAAUUGAAAGGGUGGAGAACGCGCUACUGGUUAUGCAGGCGCAAGUAUCCCGACCCGCCCUCCCUCCCCAGGAAGCCGUAGUUCCGCCAGGUGUAGCCAAUCGAGGGUUCGGACGGAGGGAUCCUGCUAACGAGCAGUGCAGGUAUUGCACCGGGAUGGGAUACUAUGUGCGCGCAUGGGUGAUGCGACGGGCCGUUAUCAUGCUCCAUGGGCUAGCGAUAGCAGCCGUAGAAGCUGAGCCGGUGGUCGAAAUCAUCAGGGAUCAACUUCGGGGCCGCGGGCCGCAGGUCAACUUCAUUUUGGAAAACGACGGACGUGAUAAGGUGAAUGCGACUACUCGGCUAGGGAUGGUUGGGAAAAGGAUUAUCCGUGACACCGUAAUGGAGGAGGUUGUUGGGAGUUCCAUACCCCAGGCAGAACCUGAGGCCGGGGAACCAGAGAAAGUCUAUGGGAAGCCUAGGGAAGAGGAACCCACAGACAAAGUUACCGCCGCCAAAAAGAAGUUUAGGUAUCAGAUUCCGAUCUUAAGCAUACCAGAGGUCGAUGACACUCUUAGCAAAUUGUUAGGGACCAUGGUGUCGGUGUCAUUUCAGACCAUGCUGCAGGCCAGCCCUAGGUUGCUCAAAGGGCUUAGACAACUGUUAACUCGGCUGCAAGUAGAGAUAGACGAAAACCCCGAAGCACCGAAAGAAGAAAGGGAGGAGGAACCCACGUAUGAGGUCGCUAACCUUCAGAGGAGUCGCGGGGAUUUAGAGGAUCUUGAGAAAGCCUUUGCAGACAUCCGUUUGAGCUUGCCCGACCGAGAGGGCAGCGAGGUCAUGAGGGCACCACCCAGGACAAAGCUUAGCUUUCAUGUACUGCCCGUAAGGAAGCUGAAAAUCCAGAUCGGGACUCAUCAUACCGACGCAUUAGUAGACGGGGGAGCGGAAAUCACUCUCAUAAGGAGGGAUUUCACAACAAUCACAGGUUAUACGGUAAAUAAGGAAGUAACAGGGAGCAUCCGGGGAGCUGGCGGGGAAAUCCCGUUCGCAGGGUACGUCACGAAGUGCGCAAUAAAGGCAGGAGUCAGGGAGUCGAUCUGGUCGUUUCAGCGGAUAACCGUAAUGGAGGAAAUGGACCACGACAUAAUCCUCGGGAGACCAUGGUGCGCAAACGUAGAAAUGAUAGGCAUGCACUUGCAUGACGGCUCAUACAUGGUAGACAUAGAGGACCCAGUGACCGGCCGGGGAGAGCUCCUCCGACUCCUUGGAACGGGAGGAGACCCUCCGAAAGGGAAGUUGGCAACGUGGUCGCCGUCGUUCGAAGAUAGCACACGAAAAGGGGCCUUUGCUCGAAUGGAGGGCAUGAGAGAGAGGGUAGAGAUCAUGAUCGAAGAGGCCUUCAAUAAGAAGGAAUGGAUCAAGAUGGGCCUGCCCCAGAAGAAGAGGAGGCAAGAGGACGAGGUCCUGGGUGUUAUGGUAGCAGAAAAGGAGUCAAAAGUCGAACUUGGUGUCAGCCUGCCCAAGCGGAAAGAAGUACGCAUGGACGUGCCAGAAGUCGCGCUCGAGAUCCCCGAUUUGUUGCAGCUUAUCAAAGCCCUCAGAUACCACAAGGUAGGAGUAGACUCGGCGACCCUGGCCAAAUCCGAAGGAGAGGUGCAAAAAGGGUAUUGUCUGAAUGGGAAAUUAGUUAGGUACGACCAACUUCCAUUGGAUGUUCACGACAGGCCGUACACCGUUAUGCAAGUGACCCCUAUGGGCUUCACAAAAGCGGUGGCCGAAGCGCAACGCAAAAUGCUCGUCAUAGCAGGGGACAUGUUCCCAGAGAAGUGUGAGGCUUACAUCGAUGACAAUCUGAUCAAAGGCGCGCAAGAGAAGGACGAGACUGAAGUCCAGUCGAAGAUUCGAAGGUUUGUAUGGGACCAUCUGCAAGACAUCAAGGACUUACUCCGCCGAUUCCUAGUAUACAACAUCACGGCUAGUGGACCAAAGAGGAUUCUAGGAGUACCGGAAGUAACCAUAUUGGGAUUUCGCUGUGGAGCGUACGGUAGGAAGCCGGAUCCGGCGAAGACGGACAAGAUAUCACAAUGGCCAACACCCCUGCGCACGACAACGGAGUUCGAUUACAAGAUCGAACGAAUUGCUGGAAUCAGAAACAAGGCGGAUGGGCUGAGUCGGGUCCACAUCACUCCCGAAGGGGUGGAGGAUGCGGAGCCCAUAGACUCGUUCCUUGAAUUCGAGGGAGAAACUUUUGCGGUAGACAACGAAAUGAUGGGCGAAGAAUGCGUGUCGAGAGAACUGUUGAUCCAGACUUUGGCGAAAGGGGUGCCUGCCGUAGUAGCAAAACUUAGAGAAGGACCCGUCACCACUCGAGGUCGUAAAGAGGAGAGAGAUUCAUGGGGAGCAAUAGUAGGACCAAAGGAGGAGCUAAUAGCAAUGGCGGUUGAGGGAGGCCGGAAAGCCGUAAUGAGCUUAGUGGAAUCUUGGGAAAAGAAAGAGUUGCAAUUGAUGGUAAACCAGAUGCAGGAGAGAAAGGAUGAGGACCACGAAGGGAGGGAGUUUUUCUAUGCCCAGAUAUACGAAGGGAUCUUUCGGGAGAUCGGGUUGUUGCUGGUAGGAAACAAGCAACCCACGGAAGUCAGCGCUAAAGCAAGGGAGGAGGCCGAGAGGUACGUCCUAAGGGGCGGCCAUCUGUUCCGAAAAGAAGAAGGUGCUAUGCCUAGAAGAGCUGUGUGCGGAAGAUCUAGGCAGUUGGAUGUUAUCCAAGCAAUGCAUGACGGACUAGCAGGAGGACAUCGGUCGUCCAAAGGAACUCUUGCAAAGAUAGCGCCGCUUUAUUAUUGGCCAGGCAUGGCAGGCAUGGUCGCCAUAUACUGCCAGACAUGCCUUAUCUGCCAGGAACGAAGCUCGGCGCGUGUUUUCGAGCCGCUUAGACCUACGCGCGUGCUAGGGCCGGGACAUCUGGUCCACCUUGACCUUGCGGUCAUGCCUGUAUCAACAGAUGGGUACAUGUACAUUCUAGAUGCGCGAGACAACUUGAGUGGGUUCGUGGAGGCGGUCGCCCUCAAGAAAAAGACAGGGAGAAGUGUAGCGGACUGAAUAGAAGACUUCUACCUAAGGCAUCCUUUCGUCAGAAGGUUUAUAGCAAACAAUAGGAUGAAAUUUGUUAACCGAGAAGUAUUGGGAAUGCUUAAGAGACUCUGCGUACCAAUCAAACUUAUCGACCUAU